AACAGUAUUAAUUUGUCUGAUUGUUUUGUUUGUUUCCGGAUGAUGCUGUAAUGAAAAAUAUGACAUUUGCAUACUUCCCUUAUUAAAAAAAAUUAUCUAUUGUUAGGCGCUUUCUGUCCUUCCUUUACAUAUUCUCUCAUUUUAUCUAGUCUGUGGUUCAACUCUGGGCUUAUUCAAAUACUGGCUUUAUCAGCAACCUUGUUACUUUAUAGACUCUUUUCUUCAAAUCGAGUAAGAAUGUCUGUUGCCAACAAAAUAAUUUCUAUCCUACAUUUUAAUGAUGUUUAUAAUGUAGAAGAGCAACAGACUGAACCAGUAGCUGGUGCUACAAGGUUUUGUACAGCGAUAAAAAGUUUUGAAAAAGAGGAUCCCUUGGUUUUGUUUAGUGGAGAUAUACUUGCUCCAUCUAUCAUGAGCACCUUUACUAAAGGGGAGCAGAUGAUACCUGUGUUAGAAGCUUGUGGUGUUCAUUGUGCUUGUUAUGGCAAUCAUGACUUUGAUUUUGGCGUUGACAAUCUUAUGGACUUUGCUCGCAGAACAUCAUUUCCAUGGUUGAUCAGUAAUGUGGUAGACAAUGGAACGAAUUCUCCACUAGCUGAUGGCAAAGUGACAUGUGUUUUAGAAAGGAAAGGAAUAAAGUUUGGUAUCAUUGGCCUAGUUGAGGAAGAGUGGUUAGCUACUUUGGCAACAAUAGAUCCAGGUGAUGUUACAUAUAUAGAUUUUGUAACUGAGGGUAAAAAACUUGCUAAACAAUUGAGAGAUAAGGCUGGUGUUGACUAUGUUAUCGCAUUGACUCAUAUGAGAACUCCAAAUGAUUGUCGUCUUGCAGAGAAUGUGGAUGAAAUUGAUAUUAUCCUUGGUGGUCAUGACCAUGUUUAUGAAAUAAAAAAAGUUAAUGGAAAGUACAUAAUAAAAAGUGGAACAGAUUUUAGGGAGUUUUCAAAACUUACAUUAGAUUUUAACUCAAAGCCAGUCCAUGUUGAAAUUGAAAAAGUGGAAAUCACUUCCAAAUUUCCAGAAGAUGAAGGCUUAAAGGAACAGCUCUCUGUAUAUAAUGACGUCGUUGCUGGAAAAAUGGAUGAAGUUUUAGGGCAGUUUUCUGUUGAUUUAGAUGCACGUUUUUCUAGUAUUAGAACCCAAGAAACCAACGCUGGUAACUUGAUCUGUGAUGUAAUGCUUUCUUCAACACAUUCUGAUCUAGCAUUACUAAAUUCUGGCACUUUAAGGGCUGAUAGAAUUAUACCAAGAGGGAAUUUUAAACUAAGGGAUUUAGUAAAUCUAUUACCCAUGAUGGAUCCAUUGAUUGUUUUAAAUGCUCCUGGUGAGAAUAUUUAUUUAGCUUUAGAAAAUGGAGUUUCACAAUAUCCAAAAUUAGAAGGUCGGUUUCCUCAAGUUUCAGGUGUUAGUUUUGCGUUUGAUCCUAAGAAACCUCCAGGAAAAAGAAUAGAUCCUCUUUAUAUUAAAAUAGGAGAUGAAUAUUUAGAUAUGAAUCAGAAAUACCGCCUAGCUACAAAAUUAUAUAUGCAUCAAGGACGAGAUGGAUAUGAUAUGCUGAAAGAUUGUGAAGUUUUGCUAAGUGAUGAAGAGAGUCCUGAGCUACGCACAGCUGUCCAAAAUCAUUUUGAAUCUAUAAAAGUUGUCACCGGUGCAGUGCAGCAUAAAACCCGGCAUAGACAAAGUUUAGUUUGCUUAUCAAGAAGGCAUAGUGUUGUCAAAAUGUUUGAAGACAGUAGUCAGACUUCCAGCAGAGCACCUUUGAAGAGAGGAUUAAGUUUAGAUGCUGUUGCCAAACGAAAUCUUUUUAAACUACAAGAUAAAUCGUCCAAAACGUCUAUUGACAAAGUGGAGCAUGAACAGUGUAGAUUAGAACCUAAAGCUGAUGGUAGAAUUAUAGUUUUAACUGAUGUGGUUAGAGAACAACUUGAAAGGAAGAGGCAGGAAUUUGUUGCCCUCACAGUUGAUCCAGUUUUGGAAGAGGAAGAAGAUGAUGAUUAAAGAUUUGUCAGAUUUAUGCUAAAAUUCUCCUUUAUAACCAUAGAUUUAUCAUUUGCUUUGCUAUUUUUGAGAUCUAUUAUUAUACAGUAGAGAACCGAUUAUCCGGAACGAUCGGGACCAUCGCUAUUCCGGAUAACUGAUUUUUCC